AAAUGAACGGUACAUCGCCGGCGCAUGAUCGUGGAGCUGCAUGAAUGCAGAACGCGGCUAUUUCAGCCGCUUUUCUGGGAGUUCUUUCUCGAUCUGGAUAUUACCCCAAGGUGGGGAAACCUUGGGGAUUGGAGGGCCUCCAAAAAAAAAAAAACGCAAAUCUACAUUUGGUAAGCCAAGACUAGCAAGUCACCGUGCCAAUGAUCUCUCUGCUCCACUUAUCGAAAAAUCAAUUUGUCAGCGUCACCACUCUAGCAUUACUGUUUUUGGAAUUUACAUGACUGGCUCCUGAGGCAUUGACUGUACUCUACACGGUGCCAUUAGUGGUUAAGGCUCCAAUUUUGUUACCCUCACUUUUAUAAUCCCGCAAAUAAAUGACCAUUCUUGGCUCCCUGAUAUAAGUCUAUAAAUAUGAAUACAAACACCCUCUGGCUUUUAU